AGCAGGAGAUGCACAAAACUGUGAAAAACAGCGAGACCCGAAUGCAGGGUUUAGUGGAAACCGUUCACGGGAUUAAUCUGGAAGAAAGAUGUGAAAAAUCCAUCCAAAAGCUCCAGGUUCGAAUUAACUUGGUCUCUCGGAGAACAGAGAAAGCACUUUCGUGUUUAAAAAAAAUGGAAGAAAAGGCAACCCCACAAAAUGAGCUGAAAAAGAUCUGCAAAGAUGAAGCUUUGACAGUUGCCAUCACUGAUAUAAGUCACGAGGAGACUCCACCAAUACUGACUCCAUGUGGUUCUCCCGAGUGCACGAAGAACAAUACCAGAAAUCAUCAGGACCAAGAGCCCAGCCCCAGAAUCCAUCAUGAACAUGAAGAAAAAGACCAAGCAGAGAGUUGGAUAACCUAUCCUCCUCUUCCCGCCACAACCUCGCCUUCUGUCCUGAGCAGCACUGCAGUCUUGUACAGCAUCCCUCAAAAGCUGGAGGUGAACCUGGCCCUCAUCAACCCCACUCAACUCUCCGUGCUCUGGGACGUCGUGGAGAAAGACCCUUUCGCGCCCCCCAUGGAAAGCUACACAAUCUUCCUGGCGAUGGAAAAGGUCAAAGGGAGCGACGUCUUCUCAGACUGGCAUACGUACAAAAAGGUGGAAGCGCUGGCUCUGCCCAUGCGUGCACUUAUCAAAAAGUACAAGAAGCGGGGCCACAGGGUGUGUGCCGCGGUUCUUGGAAAAGACAUAUUUGGACGGUACGGACCUUACAGUGAUGUCGUAACUGCAACCAUGCCGGAGUAGUGGGGAAGAGCGUCUUCAA